AUGGCUGCUCAAUACACUUCAGUUGAAUUGAUUCCCUCCAUUGUAUCUGCUCUUCGCAAAGAAUUCAAUACGGGUCUGACCAAAGAUUUAAAGUUUCGUAAGCAGCAAUUGAACAAUUUGCAACGUUUCUGUGAAGAAAACAAAAAGGCGAUCUGUGAAGCUCUUUGGAAAGAUUUGAGAAAGCAUGAGAUGGAGUGCGAUGUUGGUGAAAUCUCUCCCAUCGUGGAUGAAUGUAAAUUUAUGGUCAAGAACUUGGACACCUUCAGUAAGCCUACACACACAUCCAAGCGUUAUCUUAUGAAUGCUGCCGACAAGACGUUCAUCAGAAAGGAAGCCAAGGGCGUUGUCCUUGUUAUGGGUGCCUGGAACUAUCCUGUCAAUUUGCUCUUGAUGCCUGUUGUUGGUGCAAUUGCUGCAGGUAACUGCGUUGUCAUCAAGCCCUCUGAAGUAUCUCAACACACUGGUGAAUUGAUGGCCUCUCUCUUGCCAAAGUAUUUGGAUCCUCGCGCAUACACUGUUGUAUCAGGCGCUGUUCCUGAGACUACCGCUUUAUUAGAAAACCGAUUUGACCACAUCUUCUACACUGGUAAUGGCCAAGUUGGUAAGAUUGUCAUGACUGCUGCUGCAAAGCAUUUGACUCCUGUUACACUCGAAUUGGGUGGUAAAUCACCUGCUUUUGUCACUGAAGAUGCUGAUGUGAAUAUUACUGCUCAUCGUCUCUUGUGGGGCAAAUACUUUAACAAUGGCCAAACUUGUGUUGCGCCUGAUUAUGUUUUGUGCGCAAAGAGUAAAGUUGAUUCGUUGCUAGAGGCAUGCCGCAAGACCAUCAUUGAAUACUAUGGUGAGAACCCUCAAAAGUCUGCCUCUUAUGGUCGUAUUGUCAGUACUCGUCAGUUCGACCGUCUCAAGGGCUUGCUCGAUGGAUGUGAUCCCUCUCAAAUUGUCAUUGGCGGUGAGACAGACCGUGAUGAUCUUUACAUUGCUCCUACUAUCGUUAGUCCUGUGGACCCCAAUACUCACAUUUUGAUGGAACAAGAAAUCUUUGGUCCUAUUCUUCCCAUCAUCCCUGUCGAGAACAUGGAAGAGGCUAUUGCUAUUGUCAAUGCUAGAGAUCAACCUUUGGCACUAUAUGUUUUUGCUGGCGCCAAGUACAAUUACAACAAGAUUCUCGACCAUACCUCUUCUGGCGGUGUCCUCGUUAACGAUGUCUUGAUGCAUCUGCAAGAGCUUUCAUUACCUUUUGGUGGUGUCGGUCCAUCUGGCAGUGGCAACUAUCACGGUGAAAAGUCAUUUGAAACCUUCAGUCAUCAACGUUCAACCAUGGUCAAGGAUUUGAUGUCUGAGCCUAUCUCUGCCGUCAGAUACCCUCCCUACAAUGAGGAUAAGGGCAAGGUCCUUAACGUUUUGGUUUACGGUUUCCCUCCUCAAGUCGGCGCCAAGAUCACCACAUUCACUGGCUUCUGCAGUGCUUUCUGGAACUUUCUUUUCAAGAAGCCCGAGCACUAUAGCAAGUUAUAA